AUUAUUCGUCGGCGAAAGCUAAACUGCCCCGUCUCGUGAGGUACAACACCUUUCGAAGAGGGGUUUUGACAACCCUUUAUAUAAAACAGUAAAGUUACACUUUCCGUUCACAGAUACCUACAUUCGCUAUCUUACACAAUCCGUUUCAUCUGAACUUUUGUCUCAGGGUGUUUUCGUCAUGAAUGGAAUAAUCGCUAUUAGAUUUUUAAACGCUUUAAUUAUUUUUUUGGUUUUAAAUUUGUAUUUAGCCAAAUCAACAAAUGGUGAACCAGAUCCAUAUUCGGAUUCUAAUGAAGCAUCUAAAAGACGACAAAUUGUGCAAAUUACAGGACUGAUGCCAUUUCCUAGAACUGGUAGAGCUAAUCAAAAGACUUGGAAAUCACGUAUAUUAGAACAAAUAAAACGAAGAGAAGGAUUAAUUCCCUUCCCAAGAGUUGGUCGAUCGGGAAAUCCGAUUAGAGUGAAGUUACCAGGAGAAAUGCUGUUAGCUGGUCUAAAUUCUAGAUAUGCAAAGGAUUUUCAACACACAAAUCCAGAUUUUGAAGAUCGAUGGAUCGCGACAAUUUUAAAAGAAUUAAAUGAAGAUGUUGGAAUAGUUUCAAAAUUCAACCAGAACAGCAUUGACGACGAAAUGCCAGAUUUCGAUAAUGCUAGAAAGGAAAAUUUAUUAAUGCAACGUAUGAAUAAUUAAGAAUAUAGACCUUAUUCUUUUGUUACCGUAGCCACUUCUUCAUUAUACCUACCAUUUUUCCAUAAUAAUUUCAUCGUGUAAAAUUGCCUGUAAUCUUCUAAAAUUUAUUCAGUUUCAUUUUAAAAAUGUAUUUAUACUUCCUACCUACACUUGUUUUUUUUUUAAUACAAUAAAAAUCAUACUUACAGAUUA